CGAUUAAAAGGAGAGAUAAAGAUAAUAAAGCUUUUUCAAAAGUUCGAAAAAGUCAUGUCCUCACUUAAAUUUUCAUUUUUAAGAUGAGAUCGUGUUCAUCGCAAUCGCUUGAGAAUUUCGCCUUUAUUCAUUGUUGAAAUCUGACUUUGAAUAUUUUCAAUUAAAAUUAAAACAAUCGAACAAUAAAAUUAGUAGAUAUAAGUAUAUUUUGACGUAUUUUUAAAUUACGAAACUUUCAAAGUUUACUACUAGGGGGCACUUUCAACACUGUAAAUUUGAUUCUUAUACGCAGUUUUUUUUAAACUGUUAUAAGUAUAAUAUCAUAAUGAAUAUUAUUACGAAACAAGUAAUAUUUUUAGUUAGACCUGCGACUGUAGCGAGAUGCAUAUCAACCAGCUGUAUCAAUUAUAAAGAUUUUGAGGAUAUAUUUCAUUUGGAAAGUCACGAACCAAAUAUACCUCCGUAUGUAGAGCGAGAAGGAGAAAAUGUUGAUCUUAAAAGAGCACGAUUGAUUUACCAGUCUCGUAAACGUGGUAUGCUAGAAAACGGUCUUUUACUUAGUACUUUCGCUAAAAAAUAUUUGAAUAAUUUUAAUGAUUCACAAUUAAAAUUGUAUGACCGUCUCAUUAAUUUACCAUCAAAUGACUGGGACAUAUUUUACUGGGCUACAAAUGCCAAACCUACACCACCUGAAUUUGACAAUGAAAUUAUGGAUUUAUUGAAAAAACAUAUAAAGAAUGAAGAUAAGCAAGCUAGGAUAAUGCAGCCAGAUUUAUAAAAAUUUACUGUCAUUGAUAUGUAGUCAAUUUAUAAACUUAAAACUUCUAGUAUUUAAUUUAGAUUGAUAUCAUAAUUUUUGUUUUUGACGAAAUAGAAAUAAAUGUGAAAAAUAAAUAUAUUUAAACUAA